AUGUCUUCGAUCUACAAAUACGCCGACAUUACGAUAUCGGCUUCAAGUGCCCACGGUAUCAGCAAUGGGUUCUUGCAAGAGCGCACCUGGCAACCGGUAUCCACGCCCUUCGCACUCCCCCUUCAGACAUCAGACUCGAAGACUGGUACCGUGCAAAUCACGAACUACGACUCCUACGACUUUGAAAACCAAGACCCAGUCCAUUCCAGAGCUUGGAUAUUCCAAGAGCAGAUCCUGUCCGCCCGCGUAGUGGACUUCACUUCCAUGAUGGUGCGCUGGCACUGCGCGACCAUAUCCAGGAACGACGCCGGCUGGCCAGAGCCCGAACCAGAGGUCGGAGACGGUCUCAUGUCCAUGUUCUCUGCGUUAAACAUCAUGGGUCGUCAAAGCCAGCGGGGCGAGGAGUCCUCUUCUGAGUACUUUUGGUCUUGGAUCGUGCAGGAGUUUUCGAAGCGCAGCCUUUCCUUUGCUGGUGACAAGCUACUGGCUGUCUCGGCGAUCGCACAGGAGAUGGGCGAGAGAAGUAAAGAUCAGUACCUCGCUGGAAUGUGGAAGUCAAAUCUUUUGGAGACUCUACUUUGGAUGAGGGAGGCCAAAUCGCCUGUGAAGAAGCCUGAGCGGUAUCGAGCUCCAUCUUGGGCUUGGGCAUCCAUUGAUGGCGAAGUAGACUUCCCGAGCAGGUUUGCUGCCGAUGAUGACGAUAAAAGGCGGUUGAGACUGACUGUUCAACUUGUGGAAUGUCACGCAAAAUUAGAGAAUUCGUUGACACCCUAUGGCGCUGUUCGUUCUGGGUCGUUGGAAUUGAAAGGCAAGCUGAGGCGGGCGAUAUGGUACUACGAUGCAGAGGAACUGGUGCUCCAUGAUAAAUGCCGAGACCAGAUUACUGGCGCCACGAGAAAAGCUGCGUUUGAGGAAGGAUAG